CGUCAAGACCAUCUCUUCCUUCACAAAAUCACUGACUUUUCCAUAUAGCUCUAGUUUCUUACUAUAAAGUAUAUACCGUCGUCAUACCAAAAAAACCAAAAUCAAAUUUUAAGUUGUGUAGAAGUAGAAACUAGAAAGUAAGAAAAAUGGCACAACUAUCCACUUCCAUUUUUCUUCUUUCUCUUCUUAUUACCUUACUAACCCUACUACCCACAAACUACGGCUUCUCAAGAUCCAUCUCUAAAGAAGAGCUCGGCAUAAAAGAUGGUAACAACAACCAAACCCAUCUCACGUUCUACUUUCACGACAUUGUUAGUGGGCGGAACCCAUCAGUGAUCCAAAUCGCAAGAGCAAACUCCACCAUCAACCAAUCACCCUUUGGAAACCUAGCAAUGAUGGAUGAUCCAUUAACCGAAGGCCCCGAAAACACGUCGAAAUUAGUGGGACGAGCUCAGGGAAUGUAUGGCGUAGCGGAUCAACAAGGGCCGGGACUGUUGAUGAUCAUGAAUUUUUACUUUGUAGAAGGGGACUUUAAUGGAAGUACACUAAGUGUUCUUGGAAGAAAUCAUGCAAGUGAUGGUGUACGAGAAAUGCCUGUUGUAGGUGGUACUAAAGCCUUUAGAUUUGCUAAAGGUUAUGCUCAAGCUAGGACACAUAUAUUUGAUCCAAACACUGGUGAUGCUGUUGUGCAAUAUAAUGUGUUUGUGAAUCAUUAUUCAAGUGGUAGUAAUCAAUCAGAUGGUGGGUCAACGGGUUCUACUACAAGUAAUGGUGCACCCUCAUCUAGUCAAGCAUCUCUCUCUAAAAUGGUGUCUUUUAGUAGUUUUAUCACGAUGAUUCCUCUUUUGUACUUGUGUCUUUUUUAGAAAAAAAGCUAUGGUGUAGGUUUUUUCUGUAAAUUUUUUAAUUUGUUUUGUUUUGUUUUGUUUUGAGAUGAAUGUAUGUUUGUAUGUGAGGGAAUAUUAGCAUCUUGUAGUGGAUGUAUGUAAGAUUUCAUCUCCUUUGUGGCUUAUAUUGUAGAAGUUUUGGCUAGCUUUGGUAUAUAGGUAGUGUAUUUUUUUCAGUGUU